UUCCAUUUCGUCGUCAUUUCGUAACCUACGUCUGCCAUGGAGUCGCUUUUGAGGAAUCUCGAAAAAUAUGUCACUUGUUCGAUUUGUUUGGAUAAUUUAACCAAACCGAAGACCAUAGCUUGUCUUCAUACUUACUGCUUGAAGUGUUUGGAGGAACAUGCACUGAAAACCCAAAGACAAGGACAAUUUCGAUGCCCAGAUUGUCAAGCGGAAGUUAACAUUCCUGAAGGAAAUCGUUUCGAUGAUUUGCCGACUGGUUUUCUGCAAAACAGUUUGUUGAGUCUUCUCGCUGUACGACAAAGUGGCGAUGGAAGUCAGAUAAACUGCGCUAUUUGUAAGAAAAAGAGCGUUGAGAUCAGCUACUGCUUCGCUUGCGAAAAAUUGCUUUGUCGUGAUUGUGCAAACGCACACGAAUUGUUUAGAGAAACUGCCUUUAAAGGACACAAAGUCACAGCAGUCAAACAGUUUCAACCUGCAGACUACGAGACAUUGUUGAAGCGACAAUCCUUUUGCUCUCAGCCUUACCACGAAAGAAAGUUAAUGAAGUUUUUCUGUCUUGAAUGUAAAGCUUGUGUUUGUCAAAUCUGCAUAAAUACUGAUCACAAGAGUCAUGAUGUUGAUCCGCUUGAAAAAGCAGCAGAUGAAACGAAAGUCAACAUCGUGGCGGCAGCCGUGUUGUUGAAAGAAAAGAGAGAAGUUUGCAACGAUGUGAUUCGUGAAUACGAGGAAACGGCCUUAAAACUGGAUAGUAAUAUCAAGAGUGCUAAAUUUGAAGUCAGCCAAGCAGCAGAACAAAUGGUCGCGAGAAUUCGACAAUGCGAGCGAGAAGCCAUUACCACCCUCGAGAAUACACGCGUGUCGAUCAUGGACAAAUUAAAUUCCCUAACCAAACGAGUACAGUCCUUGGCCAAACAACUCGAACAAGCAGUUGAAUUCGCUGAUAACCUGGUUCAAAGAAGCUCAAUUUCAGAUAUCAUGCAAAGCAAGCAGAAUUUGGAGCAGCGUUUUGAAGAUCUAAAAAAAACCCAGAUCCCAUCAGCACUUCCGGUCAGUUCAUUUAUCAAGUUUGUCUCAACUAUUGCACCUGACAGUUUCAGCCUGGGUUUCGUGACAACCAAUGAAACAGAUGUACAUGGAUCCACUGUUGAAGGACUCACUGAAAAUUUUCAGGCUGGUUUAGAAGCAGAGUUUCUGGUUUGUCCAAAACUGAAGAGCAAUGGGGAUCUCACAAGCAAAGCUGAAGGAAAAUUUCACGUUGAAGCAUUUGUUGCACCUUCUCAAGAAGUGGCUAACUUGACUACUGUACACAAGGAAACUGAAAAUGUUAGGGUAAAGUUUGUCCCCAAAAUACCAGGCCCCUACAACAUCACAGUGAAGAUAAAUGGAGACAAACUUGUUGAAAAUCCAUUUACAGUUCAAGUGAAAGAACGACGGAUUGACAUUCUGGGCGAGUUGCAAUUGAAAGGGGAAAUUCUCCAAAGCCCACAUGGGAUCGCUGUGAACAGUAAAGGACUAAUCGCAGUAACUGACGGCGGAAAACAUUGUAUCCUGAUAUUCGAUAAAGAGGGUAGUUUUGUACGAAAACUUGGCUGUCGUGGAGAGGGUCCUGGACAGUUCUUUAAUCCAACUGGAGUCACAUACCUGAAUGAUAACGAAAUUCUGGUAGCAGAUGAAUUGAAUCACCGCAUUCAACAAUUUAAUGUACAAACCGGGAACUUUGUGAAAAGCUUUGGAAAAUAUGGAGAAGGAGACGGCGAGUUUAAUCGUCCCGUAAACAUUUGUAUAAAUGAUGAAGGAAAUAUUGCUGUAGUUGACUCUUCAAACAGAAGAGUCCAGGUCUUUACAACAGAUGGUAAACCUGUGCUGAAAUUUGGAGAAAGCGGCCCUGGUAAGUUCACUGCUCCUACUGCAUGCAUUUAUCAUAAACAAAAGUUGAUACUAUCUGAUGGCUUGGGCGGUUGUUUAAAAGUACUCGACAGUACGGGGAAGUUUUUGUAUGAGAUUGGAGAAAAAGGCAAAGGUGAUGGACAGCUGUCAUUCCCUUGGGAUUUGUGUGUUGAGAAACGUGGCGAUCAUUCGAAUCUCCUGGUGUGUGAUAAAUGGAAUGGUCGCAUUCAACAGUUUACAAUGGAAGGUCGCUUUACUGGUAAAACUUUCGAGAAGUUAAAACAUCCAAUUGCAAUAGCCGUAACUCCAGAUGGUCGCAUUUUGGUAUGCGAUGGCAAUGCCAAAAAAAUAUAUGUCCUAAUAUGA